UGUACCUCGCAGUUUAAGAAAUGGCUUCGCUUUCAGAAUAUGCACUGUGUAUGUCUCGUCUAAGUGCCCGGAUCUUUGGUGAAGUGACCAGGCCUACUGAUUCAAAGCCCAUGAAAGUGGUGAAUAUGUUCAGUGAGCAGCCCUUGGCCAAAAAGAAAGAGACUUACGACUGGUAUCCAAAUCACAACACAUAUUUUGCACUCAUGGGUACACUCCGUUUCCUUGGCCUUUACAGAGGUGAGCAUCAGGGUUUUAAGGAUGAGCAAAGACGUCUAAAGAAGCUCCGUGGAAAGGUGAAACCAAAGAAAGGAGAAGGGAAAAGAGCUACAAAAAAAGAAAUAGUACCAGCCUGUAAGAAAGAAAAUUUCUUCCUUGAUGACUAAGAAAGUGUAUCUCAUUAUCUUUUUAUAUAUUAGAGGCACGUGACCUUCCUCAAUGGACACCAACCCUGUGUUCACAUCCACUUCAGUUGAGCUAUAACUGGUAUUUGAAGAUAAUCAAAUUCUUCAAAAUUAUACUUACUUUGGUUUUGUAAUAUGAAGUUUACCUAAUUCUCUAAUGGAAUGAAUAAACUAUGGUCUUGUGA